CUCAUGGAGAAAGCAGAAGGUGGAAAUCAAAUGCCCGUCACAGAAUUCAUCCUCCUGGGAUUCGGGAGUCAACCUGGGCUGCAGAUUCUUCUCUUCCUGCUGUUUCUAGUGUUCUACGUUGUGACCAUGGCUGGGAAUCUCCUCAGCCAUGCUGCGCUAGUUGUGGCUGAUCCGCACCUUCACACGCCAAUGUACUUCUUUCUGGGGAACUUGUCCUGCUUGGAGACCUGCUACACCUCCACCAUCCUGCCCAGGCUGCUGGCCAGUCUCCUGACUGGGGACAGAACUAUUUCUGUGGAGGGCUGCAUCACGCAAUUGGCUGUAUUUGGUUUUUUAGCAACUACCGAAUGUUAUCUCUUGGCGGUGAUGUCUCACGAUCGGUAUUUAGCUAUAUGCAAACCUCUGCACUAUGGAACCCUUAUGAAUGGCCGGCUGUGCCUCCAGCUAGAAGCUGGGUCUUGGAUAAAUGGAUUUCUAUCUUGUACAAUAUUAGCGUGUCUCAUGUUAGAGUCAAUUUUCUGUGGCCCCAAUGAAAUGGACCACUUCUUCUGUGAUCUCACCUCAAUGCUAAAACUCUCAUGCAGUGACACCAGCCAGAUCACACCAGUUAUUUAUACAUUUUCCUUUCUUAAUUUAGUUCUCCCAUUUGUAUUAACCUUGACGUCCUAUGUUUGUGUCAUCAGCACCAUCCUGAGAAUCCCUUCCACCACUGGGAGGCAAAAGGCCUUUUCCACCUGCUCUUCUCACCUCAUCGUGGUGACCAUCUUCUAUGGGACCAUAAUGAUUGUCUACAUGGUACCGAAAUCCAGCACCCUGAGAGCCCUGAACAAAGUGUUCUCUGUCUGUUACACAGUCCUGACGCCCCUGGCCAAUCCGCUCAUCUACAGCCUGAGAAACAGAGAGGUCAAGGAGGCCCUGAGAAAUGCUAUCGGGGGAUCUGUGACCCUUACAAAGAAUUCAGAUUAG